CACAUGCAGUGAUGGCGCCUAGAGAAAAGGAACGCUGGAGAACGCUGGCUGUCCUGACAUUGUGUUGGUGGCUUUACCAACCUUCUGCCAGUAAUCAAGUUGUAUUGUUGGACACAACUACAGAAAGCACCCUGGACUGGACUAGAUACCCCUAUGGACCGCAGGCUAGAACCCCAGGGUGGGUGGAGGAAAGUUUCACCAACUUUGAGCAAGGCAUCAACUGGAGAUCAUUCGUGGUGUGUGAUGUGGCGUACAGUAACGUCAAUAACUGGUUGUGGACACCGUUCGUGGAGCGAAGGGAUGCCAGCAGAAUUUACAUUGAGAUUAAGUUUAGUAUGCGAGAUUGUAACCUGUUUCCCGGAAUGGCACUGUCUUGUAAGGAAACUUUUUCUCUCCUCUAUUACGAAUUUGACGCAGCAACCAAGGAGCCUCCUCCUUGGGAACCCGAGUCGUACAAACUUGUGGACCGCAUUGCAGCGGACGAAGGCCGGUUCACUUCAACGAGUGAGGUCAUCAUAAACACCGAAGUCCGUAGUAUUCCAGUUACUAAAAAAGGAGUGUACUUCGCAUUUCGCGACCAGGGUGCCUGCUUGUCAAUAAUUGCAAUUAAAGUGUAUUAUAUGACUUGCCCAAACAUCACGCUUAAUCUCGCUUUCUUCCCCGACAGCCCUACAGGUCGAGAGGUUACAGAGAUCGUAGAGGUUGAAGGACAGUGUGUUAUCAAUUCUGAGGUUGUUGAUCCGCCCAAGUUGCUCUGUAAGGGAGAUGGAAACUGGACCCUACCCUCUGGUGGCUGUAAAUGCAAGGCUGGUUAUGAGUUUAGAGACCAAAGUUGUCAAGUUUGUACUAUUGGAACGUACAAAUCCUCAGUUGGAAACAGCCUGUGUACCUCCUGCCCUCUACACAGCUCUGCCCUCUAUAAAGGUUCGAUCGAAUGUGCAUGUGACGAAAGAUAUUACAGAGCUUCCACGGACUUGAAAGAUGCCCCGUGCUCUCAACCCCCAUCAGUUCCUCAGAAUCUUUCGGUGAGCUUUGUUGACCAAUCAACAGUCAUUCUAGCCUGGCAGCCACCCAGAUCAUCUGGAGGCCGAAAUGACACCACUUAUCGGUUGACUUGUGACGUAUGUGGGCAUGCCGUAUCAUAUGUCCCUUCUCAAAUGGGUUUUAGUGAAACUAAAGUCACAAUAUCUGGUCUAAACCCUGUUACAACAUACCGGUUUCAAGUAUAUGCUGAAAACGGCGUGUCUAGCUAUAGUGAAAGCCAGUUUGUUGAAAGAACAGUAACAACAGCUGCUUCAGUCUACCACGUGUCUAUCAAAUCAUCCUCGUCAGUUAAUAACUUCAGAGUGCUAUCUGUGAAAAGUGCAGUUGUUGUCCUUGCCUGGGAUCCCCCAGAGGAUCCAUACAUUCAGACAGAGAUUUAUGAAGUUCGCUACUUCCUACGUGGACAACAGAGUAACUCAUCUUCCGUCUUAACGAAGAAACCAGAGUCUUCAUUGACUGGAUUGACUUACAAGACUGAGUAUGGCUUUCAGGUCAGAGCUAAAACUACCCAUGGCUGGGGAGAGUACAGCAAGCCUAUUUAUACAACUACUGGUCAACUAGUUGAUAGUACAGCUUAUGUAGAAGAAGAAGAAGAUCAAGUGCAGGUGCGCAUCAUAGCUGGAGCAACUGUUGCUGUGGUUGUCUUGGUUGUGGUGAUAGUUGUUAUGAUUGUCUUGUACAUUAGAAGAAGUUCUGAUGACUAUAACAAAAAACAGCCAAGUGAUUGUGACACUCUUGAUUAUGGUACUGGGGAGGGUAAGAAAUUAGUUCCGGGUUUAGAACAUCCUCCAAUCGUUCCUACUGCCGGAAUGACUACUCUCCUUUUUACCCAUUGUGGGGGUCCAAGAAGUUACAUAGAUCCACAUACUUAUGAAGAUCCCAACCAGGCAGUUAGAGAAUUUGCUAAAGAGAUAGAUGCUUCUCACAUCACUAUAGAAGCUAUCAUUGGAGGAGGAGAGUUUGGGGAUGUAUGCAAAGGAAAGCUCAAAGUACCCUCUCAGCCAGAAAUAACAGUUGCCAUUAAAACUUUGAAGCCUGGGUCACCUGAUAAAGCCCGCAUGGAUUUCUUAACUGAAGCAAGCAUCAUGGGACAGUUUGAUCAUCCAAAUGUCAUCUACCUGCAAGGCGUAGUCACAAAAAGUUACCCAGUCAUGAUUAUCACAGAAUAUAUGGGGAAUGGGUCUCUGGAUACAUUUCUCAGGGCUAAUGAUGGAAAAUUCCAAGUUAUCCAGCUAGUUGGAAUGCUGAGGGGUAUUGCAGCAGGAAUGCAGUAUCUAUCCGAGAUGAACUAUAUCCAUAGGGACUUAGCAGCCAGGAAUGUAUUGGUGAACAACAGUCUAGUUUGUAAAAUUGCUGAUUUUGGUUUGUCUAGAGAGAUAGAGAGUGCUGCUGAAGGAGCUUACACAACCAGGGGAGGAAAAAUUCCAGUAAGAUGGACAGCCCCAGAAGCCAUUGCUUUCCGAAAGUUCACAUCAGCCAGUGAUGUGUGGAGUUUUGGCAUUGUUUGUUGGGAGGUGAUGUCAUAUGGAGAACGACCAUACUGGAACUGGUCCAACCAAGAUGUUAUCAAGAGCAUUGAAAAGGGAUACAGGCUUCCAGCACCAAUGGACUGUUCAGAAGCUCUUCAUCAACUAAUGUUAGAUUGCUGGCAAAAUGAACGUUCCUACAGACCCAGUUUCUCCAGCAUAGUCACAACCUUAGAUAAGUUAAGUAGAUGUCCAGACAGUCUACGAAAGAUAGCUAAUAAUAAGAAUCAGAAUCCAUUGGAUCCUCACACAUCAGACAUGAUGCUGUUCAAGUCAAUACCAGAGUGGUUGGACAGUCUAAAGAUGACUCGAUAUCUGGAGAAUUUUGAUCAUGCUGGUAUAACAACAAUGGAAGCAGUGGCCAGGUUAACCCAUAAGGAUUUAACAACCCUGGGUGUGACUUUAGCUGGACAUCAGAAAAAACUACUCAAUAGUGUUCAGAUGCUCAGGGCUCAGAUGUCAGAAGGUUUCCUUGUGUAGUGAGCACAUGUGUGCAGGCACUGUCUUAUUGUACAAGGUUUAUUUAAUAGUUUUGUGACCACUGUGUCCAACAAGAAUUUGAAUAACUUAGUUCAACCAAACAUAUCACAGACUCCAGGGUCUCAAAUGAUGACCAUUUUGAUAUGUUGAUCAAAAUAAGACUAAAGAUAUGUUUUCAUUUACUUUUUUCGUGACUAUUAUUUCAUUAACUAACUAUAUUGAUCAACAGAAAGAAGACUUAAGUCAUGCCUGUUUAUUGUCUUUGGAGCCUCUUUUAUUUUUUAAUGGCCAUCAUUAACAGAAGACUAGGACCUGCUUGAUCACAGUCUCUGAUAACCACCAUCAACAGGAAACUGGGAUGUGCCUGUUUAUAAUCUCUGGAGUCUUCGUUGGUUAAUCACCAUCAUCAGGAGAAUAAGACAUGCCUGGUUACAGUCUCUUGGAGCCUCUCUUGAUAAUCGCCAUCAAAGAUGACUAAUGCAUGCCUGUUUACUGUUUUGGAGCCUCUUUUAAUGACUACCAUCAACAGAAGACUAGACAUGCCUGGUUACAAUCUUUGAAGGCAUCUUUAACAACUACCAUAAAUGCAGUAGUUGACAUACUUGGCUACUGAGUCUUCAAGUCAAGCCUUUUGAAGAAUCUCAUAUCACCUUUCUGCUGUUUUGAUCUGCCGAAAACUAGGCUAUGUCUUGAUACUUCUGAGGCAGGAAUAAAGUUAUGACUAGAACUUGCUGGUGCUAGUGAAUAGAUGAAGAUUAACUUCUGAAUGGAAAAAAAUGUGAUGGUGCUCUGUCAGAUUUUAGCUUGUACAAAAAUUAGUGAAACAUUUAAAAAAAGAGUUCAGACAAUUUUUCUUCUGCAAGAUGGUUGCUCUUGACAUAGGGUAUCCUCUCUGAUGUAUGCAAGCUAGUUUAAAGGUGAGCUCCUUGAGAAUAUGCAAAUGUAUAUGAUGUUUCUGCUUGUGAAUUUGCUGUUGUUCUGUGUCUCACAUUGUAUCAAUGCCAGGCAGGUAGAGGAUCUGUCCACUCCCACAGUAUCAAACAUUUUCACCACUGUGAACUUAUUUAUUUAAUAUUUGCUUUCUGUGAAAUUAGUCACAAACAAAGUGACAUUGUAAAAUAAAAUUGUACAUUGUUGUGAGAAAAUGAGUGACAACAUAGGCAGGUGUAUUUUGUAAGUGGUUGUUUUUGUUUUCAAAUGUGGUAGUAGUCUCACUAGUCACAUGUCAUGUGCUUAAGAUUGGCCAAUAUUGAUUGUAAUAUUAUUGGGAGAGUAAUUAAAUAAUCAGUGUUACUUUCUAAAUGGUACCUUUUAUUAGAAAACCAAAUUAUUAGAGGAAUAGUUACCCUACUGUGACAGGUUUGUCGUCCAUCCAUCCAAGUGUAUCAGUAGCAGCGUCUACUCUGGCUCGUAAUUAAUUCUGUUUCAAACCUUUGAGAAUCAAAUAAACAAUAAUUUUUAAAAACU